GUGUGCUGUUGGGAGUUGCUUGGAGGUUGGCGGCGCAGGGCUGAAGGCUAGCAAACUGAGCGAUCAUGUCACACAAACAAAUUUACUAUUCGGACAAAUACGACGACGAGGAGUUUGAGUAUCGACAUGUCAUGCUGCCCAAGGACAUAGCCAAGCUGGUCCUUAAAGCCCAUUUGAUGUCUGAAUCUGAGUGGAGGAAUCUUGGCAUUCAGCAGAGCCAGGGAUGGGUCCAUUAUAUGAUCCACGAAUCAGAAUCUCACAUCUUGCUGUUCCGGCGCCCACUACCCAAGAAGCCAAAGAAAUGAAGCUGGCGAGCUACUUUUCAACCUCAAGCUUUACACAGCUGUCCUUACUUCCUAACAUCUUUCUGAUAACAUUAUUAUGUUGCCUUCUUGUUUCUCACUUUGAUAUUUAAA